AUGGGGAAAAAAGAUAAGAAAAAGGGCGAACCACCACCUCAAGAUGUCGAAGUUCAAGAGGAACUGGUGCUUACGACGGACCUCGAACCUGAACCGGAAGAAGUUCAGUACACAGACACUUCAUACACCAGUGCCUCCUUUGAGAGCUUACCUCCUGUUGUUGAAGAGAUCAAGCCGAAAAAGAAGAAGGGCAAAAAGAAGGCGGAAGAGGUUGUCGAAGUGGUUCGAAAAACAAGCAGUGAACAGUUCCAGUGGUCCGAGGAGUCUUUAGUUGGAGAAGAACAGCAGAAAGUAGAAGAAGAAGAAGUUGAAACAAAAAAGAAGAAGGGCAAAAAGGGAAAGAAAGGGAAGGAAGUGGAAGAAAUUCCAGCCUUUGAAAAGCCCAAAAAUUGGAAAAGUAUGAAUAAGAAGGAGAGAGAAGCAUGGCUUCAGCAGCGUAUAGAAGAAUGGAGAGCGGAGAAAGAAGCAGAAAAACAAGCCAUUUUAGCUGGAGCGAAGGAGAAGAGACUAGCCCUGGCGCGAGAAAGAGCAGAAUUGAUGGCAAAAGACAAUGCCGAGCUGGAGAUACGAAGGGAUAUAUUGGCCAAGACGUGCACUUUGUUUCAUAAAUUUGAUAAACAGAAAAUUGACUAUGCGAGAAAUAAACAACUUGAGGCAGAGUGGCAACAGUACCUUCGUUGUGACGGUCUUCCAGAUCCGAGGGUUGUGACGCAAAUGAAUACGUACAUCCACCUAUGGCAGAAGGCAGCCUGCGAUGAUAAUGAGUUGGAGAUCAGGUGCAGGGAUGCGUUGCCGAUGUUGGCGAUGCUGGAAGAGAUUGUGGCAAACUCUCGGCAAUAUACAGCACUUCAAGCGCAGUCUUAUAAUGAGGUGCGAAUAGCCCUUCGUGAACAACUAUCCCAAGCUAUCCAAUGCGCUUCAUACUCCCUCCUACGGGACUUGGAACAUUGUUUGGUCUGGGACUCCAUUCAGCUAGCAACGUAUGGAAGAGAGUUCAAUGGGCUAAUGCUAAAUAUUUGGGUUGCAAUACCCUUGCCUACCAGGAAACGGAAGCCAGUGGAACCUGAACCAGAACCAGUCGAGUUGACAUUUCCCGCAAUGCGUGUAGGUGUCAAGCUGCCAAAGAUCAUAGACGGUUCCAAUGUGUGCGUGCGCGCAGCUCGGUCUAUGGUAGAUCUUUUAAGUGAGAGUUCUAGGUCUUUUGCUUUAGCUGCUGAGAUGCCUAAUAGAUAUGAAGAUCUUUUCGUAUUUAAUGUAAGAGAGCACAUAGAAACAUACAAAAUAAAGAAAGACCAGGAUGUUAUUAGAACAGCGUUUUACAAAGAGAUCAAAGAAAAAAUUACAGAAGUUGAGAAGUUUUUGAAGGCGAAUCCCUACACAAAAAAUGAAAAAGAGAAGGAGGAAUUGGAUAAUUUGAAUAUGGCUGAGCCGCCAUUCUUACCUGACCCAAGAACAUACAUCGGGGAACAAAACGAGGUCCGUUUUGCUAAAUACCUGAAGACCUGCAUGACGCGUACAAGAACGGGCGAAAUUAAUUUGAGAAAAUAUAGAAUUUGCAACGGCGUUCUAAAUUUGGAUCUACUGACGACUCCACCUCAACCAAAACAAAUGAAGGGAGGAAUUAUUCUGACAGCUCGACCCUGGGCUGUAGCCCCGGUUGCCCUAAAUCCAGCCCUGCCUAAACUAAAAGCAUCUAUUAUAGAUUUGUUAUCUGAUAAAAUGUCAUUUCACAUGACAGCUGCACAAUGUUAUGUCAUUAAAUUACCAUUAAUUAAAGUGUGGCCAGUGAACAUGGAACUAUGCCAAAUAGUUUCCAGCAUCAAGCGAUCGCAACUACAAACUUAA